AUGAAUAUCCGCCCCAAAGACAAAGUUACAGCAGUUUUUCGAAGGCUCUUCAAGUCGUCUAACAAUAAGGAAGAGGGUCCUAGUAAAGCCAGUGGGCCGCCUCAAGCUUCUCCAGCACGGAGAUUACUAAGAAGUUAUAAGGAUACCGUAUCACCAGCCAGCUCAAGUCAAGCACCAUCGCCUGGAUUCAGCGCCAAAAAUAAAAAAGAUGAGACUGCCACCCAAAACAAAACUGUACGCGCCAAAAGACUGAUGAAAGAAUUUCGCGAUUUACAAAGAUUACAAAACUCUAAACAGGAACCCGUGUUUUCGGUCGAACUAGUCGAAGACAAUCUAUUCGAAUGGUACGUGAAAAUUUACAAAGUGGAUCACGAAAGCGAUCUCAUGCAAGACAUGGCUGAACUUGGUAUUCGCUACAUAUUGCUGCACCUAAUCUUUCCAGACAAUUUUCCAUUUGCACCGCCAUUCAUGAGACUUAUUUCCCCUAGGAUCGAAAAAGGAUUUGUUAUGGAAGGUGGUGCAAUCUGCAUGGAACUACUAACACCUAGAGGCUGGGCUUCAGCGUACACAGUUGAAGCGGUUAUAAUGCAGUUUGCAGCUAGUGUAGUGAAAGGUCAAGGCAGGAUACAACGUAAAAGUAAGGGACAAAAAGUGUUUAGCAGGAGAACAGCCGAGGAGAGUUUUCGAUCACUAGUGCGAACACAUGACAAAUACGGCUGGGUAACUCCUAGUCUGGCAGACGGUUAG